AUGUCAGAUACAGAGCAGAAAUCCAAAAAGAUAACGUCUAUGAAUAAUGGGUUUAUCGUUCUCCCAUUCAAACUACCAUCAUUUGAUGUUUUACAAUCAAAACGUAGUUGCUAUCACUAUAUAUUUGCUAAGAAGCAUGAUUCAAACAACGAAAAUGAACAAAACUGUCUGUUUAUAAUGAACCUUCCUUUGUUAACAAAUUUAGAGAGUAUUAAAAGCAUAACAAGUCAGAUCUGUGAAAAAUAUGACACUGUCUCUCACAUAGAAAACCUAAUGUACAACGAUGAAUUUGGUUUAAACGAAGUAGACUUAUCUGUGUUGACAUCAGAUUUAAUGGCAGAGAGCCAGGAUAAAAUAGAAAAGAGAUUUACUCCAAGAAAUACUGCAUUAGUCAAAUUUAUCGAUAAAUCAAGUUUAAGCAAUUGUUUAAAUGCUUUAAAGAAAUAUUCAACAUCUUCAAAAUCUGAUUUAUUAGAAUGGAAAUAUAAUACCCCAAGUAUUGAAACAUUUAUCAAUUUUUAUAAACCGCUAGAUAUAGAUUAUUUGAAAGAGGAUGUUCAUACACAUUUGUCAUUAUUCGAACAACGAGAACAACAGGCACAAGAUGACGUUCAAAGUUCGAUUGUUGACGAAGAUGGUUUCACACUUGUUGUUGGUAAAAACACAAAGAACUUAAACUCUAUAAGGAAGAAGAUAUUGAACAGAAAUCCUUUGUUAAAAAAUGAUUCUGAAGGUGUUUCUAAGCCAACGACUGCAGUGGAUAAGAAGGCAAAGCAAGAUUUCUAUAGGUUCCAAGUUAGAGAACGUAAGAAGCAAGAAAUUAAUCAACUUCUAAGUAAGUUUAAGGAAGAUCAAGAAAGAAUUAAAGUCAUGAAAGAAAAGAGAAAGUUCAACCCUUAUAAGAAUAGUCUAUAA